AUGGCAGCUAAAACUUUACAAGUACUUUUCUUCUGCCUAAUUUGCUUGGCACAUGCAUUUCCCAUUUCCCAAGAAUUAGCAAUCAGCGAUAUUGGACUGCAAAGUGAAGUUCUUUAUAAAACUGAAACAGUUCCUGUUUUUGGUUUGGACAAAGUUCUGGCGAGGAAGAAACGUCAUUUGAUCCGGUACAAACAAUUAACCGAAGGAGACUACUAUGACUGA